CUCAGUCUUGCCUGACUUGUUCCGUCCACAACGUAAAAACCCUCAUUCAUCCCUGAUCGAAUUACCCCGUGCCUGCCCUUGAAAUUCGAAACACAAAAUAUCGCCCCUAAUGUGCUUCAGUUUUUCCAGUCCUCAAAGGAAGAAUUAAUGAAGUGCCGCAGAAAAAAAUCGAUAUGUUAGGCGAAAAAUGUGUGAGGAUUCGGCAUACUUGGUUUCUCCAUUGGAGAGUGCAAGAAACAGCAUUCCAGAUGAAACAAGAAGACUGUCAUUCGGCACAAUCGGCACAAACAGGACUGGAGAUAUCCUAGUUGGCUUUCACGAAGAUGCUUUAUCUCAAGCCACAGUCGGAAGAGCCCAGGUGAUCCUAGCCAUCGUUUUAGGCCUAGGCUUAGCGGCCGACUGUGGAUUUGUGUCAAUUUUAGAUUAUAUUUUACCUUUAGCAGAAGUCCAUCUAUGUCUGGGGGAGAACGAGAAGAAAUGGCUAGUUUCAGUGACAUUCUUAGUCCUGGCUGGGGGUUCCUUUUCUUGGGGCAUUCUUGGGGAUCAUCUUGGGAGGAGAAGAGCCCUGAUAAGUGCGCUGUUCGUGGCGGUUCUUUUCUCCGGAGUUGCCACAGUCAUGCCCACCUAUGGCACAUUCAUCACAGCCUGGUUUUGCGCUUCACUAGGAGUAUCAGGCAUAUUCCCCCUCAGCUUCAGUUAUCUGGCAGAAACCUGCUCCCGGGCCACUAGAUGUAGAUACGCUGGCUUCCUCCACUCCUUCUGGCCUAUCGGCGCAAUCUACAUAUCAAUUCUAGCCGACGUCAUACUCCCCAUGAAGGGCGUUGAUAUCGUACAAGACAAUCAGGAACAUUGGAGCUCUUGGCAUAGAUUUUUGAUAUUGAGUAUUAUACCCACAUUAGCUAGUUUGUUCGGUCUCAUUUGGACGUCGGAGUCGCCCAGGUAUCUCCUGGAGGCGUCUAGGGAGGUCGAGGCUUUGGCUGUGUAUCAGAGGUUGCACAAAUUGAACAAUACCAGGACGCAAUAUGGCAUGACGGAAUUGGAGUUGCCAGGACGUGGUGCUUACAGAGAAAGAUCGAGCAGUCCUGGGAGGAAUAUAUUUAAACAUCAUUUGACUUCGUUCCAGGAAAUCAUCCGAAAAAUAUCAACACCAACCCACUUUCGAGUGACCCUCCUCCUGGCAAUCCUCCAUCUCAUAUACGGAUUCGUCUACGUAGGCAUUUCCAGCUUCUCGGUGUCGCUGUUGAAAGAAUACAAAAAUCAGGAGUUUUUCUCCAGCAGGACGUACGUACAACACGAGUUUUUCACGGACACGGCUUUCAAUCGAUCGAUAGAGAACGUGGAGUACAAAUUCACCACAUUCAAGAACGUCAGUUUCAGCCACAUCAAUCUCAAUCAUGUUCUGUUCACCAGCUGCAUCUUCGAUGAUUCAGAGUUCGUUAACGUCAAGACCUCCAAGACGUAUUUCGAGCAUGUGACAGUUCAGAAUUGCAGAUUCGUAGAUACGGAUAUAACAGACCAUCAUUUUCUAGAGAGUACAAUGAGGAACAACACCUUCAUAUCAUUAAUUUUCGAGUGUCCAGUAGACUUCGACUACAACACUUUUUUACCAGACAUCUACUACAACACCCUAGACUGGGCCGAUCCCAUGUUUUUGGCGCUGUUCCUCAUGGGUUUCGUGAUGGAAGCAACUCAAAGAUCGAAGAUUAUCCUGGGCCUAACGGCCUUGGCUAGCUUCAGCAGCGUGGGGAUGUUUUAUAUGACUAACACCUUUGCAGUGGAGAUGUUGGAGUUCAUCUUGAAGAUUUUGCUGAUGUGCGCUGUGAAUGCUCUCACAGUUGUCGUCAUCGAAACUUAUCCAUGUCACGUUAGAUGCACAGCUCAUGGAUUCAUGCGGUGCUUGUACCACAUAGCCUCUCUGUGUGCAAUAAAUGUCUACGGAUCUCUGAUAAAUGUUAUCCUGCUAUUUCCAACGAUCAUUACAGUCAUCGUGCUUUUUGCAGCUACUUUUCUAUCCACCAAAAUCCAAGACAACAGCAAGACCCUACUUUGAUUUAACUUACAACGAAGUUGGACAUUCAUAACUUUAGAAAGGAUUUCUGUAACGUAACAGCCAUGCAUGCUUUAACAAGCAAACCCCCAAAGUGCAUGUUUUUUCGGCUGAAACAUGUCCAUCAUCCAUUGGUUUUCUGUAUACGAGAAUUUUGUGAGGAAAGAUCUACAUAUCAAUGAUGCCGAAAAGCAAAAUUUCGAGGAACAAUCGAAAUUCAUAUUUGAUCAAUGUAUAGAAGCAAUAAGCAUUAUCAGGAUUCAUGACCUGUUUAUAUGUUGAAUCAUUGAAACUUUAUUAUAUCACCUGAACUAGUACAACAGUACAUCUGGAUAUUUCUUUCCGAAUGCUGGAUCAGAACUUUGAGUGCUGGGAAUAAGUGAAAAAAAAUAGUUUCAAUCCCUAAAAUAAUCAUGGUUGUGAAUAUAAGAUAGGAGGAAGAGAACAGGAGAAUAUAAGUUACUAUUGGAAUGUGAUGUAGCCUAAUUUAUAUCAUUGGGAUGAAAAAUUGUACCAAUUGUUUCUUUCAGAAAAUGUUUGACUAAUGAAUUCGAAAUUUUGAAUUCAUCUCAAUCAUUUGUUCCUAGUGCUCACUGUGGGAGAGUCGAAAUUAUUUCAAAAACACCAAGAAACCCAGGAUUUUCAUGAGUCAUAGAGAAGAAAUAUUUAUUUUUCAAAUUUUGAUGAAUUUCAGAUCAUUUUUAGAUAAUUUCCCUUCAAGUAGGUACCUCUAAUGUAAUGUCUUCCUUUGGACACAAAGUUAUUCUUUUACAACAUACGUUACUCAUCUCUUAUUUCCUACAAUCAGAAAGGUAAGGAAAUUUGAGGAAAUGAACUACAUAUCACCUGGAACGACAAAUCAUUGUGUGAUUUGACCCUGAAGAUUUUGUAUUGGUCGUAUUGAAUAAAACUUUUGCU